UCCGUCGGAAUGUUCAUUAUUGCAGUCAUUAGUAGGCUUGUCCGUCGGUCCACCAGGAAGAAACUCAGAAAGCAGAGCUGCAGAGGCUAAAGAAAGCGAAUAUGAAGAAGACGAUGCUGGGAAAUUGGGCCUACUUUCCCCCCUCUCAAUUUUGGGCCUCUUUUUAAAAAAAUAAGGCCCAAAUCCAAUGGCCCAAUACCUUGAAAUUAAUGGACGGCUGGAGUGGAUAUAUUUCCAUUGCAUUCACCAAUUUGAAGAGUCCAAACCCCAAAAUUGAAACCAAUUAACCAAGGGCUGAACGGAACUGCUGAAGGCGAAGGGCGAUUGCGAAGAUAGUGGACUGGUGCCUGGCAGAGUGGUGCGAGUUGAGUGGAUGGUGAGUCGGUGACCGGUGAGCCAUGAGCGGCAAGGAGGUGGACGAUGGUGUGGUGCGAUCGUACGAGUUGAGUGGACGCCGAUGGCUACGAGUGCGACUUCUUGCCUUGGUGGUGCAAGGAGGCGAGAGAGUUCGUUUGCAGUGGUGGUGCGGGGGAGUACGUGGCGGCGGCGUUUUGUAUAAUGGGACAGCACGGUUGACUGAUGCUUGUGAGGAUGAGAAAGAGGAGGCUAUGGCGGUGGGGCGAAGCCAUUCCGAAAUUCUGAUGAGUAUGUGGAAAGAGGAAGGUAUAUUAGUGAAGACGAAAGAGUUUCAAGCGAGGGGGGUUUCUCAUUGGUGUCGGAGUGGAUGUUCUUGACAGCUCUCAAAUGGCAUAAUUACAUGACGGGUGUGGAAAGAUUUUUUACCUGAAGAAGAUAGCACGCACGACUUGUUCUCUUUACAUAUCAGACUUCUGUGUGUGUUGGAAACAAAUUCAUUUGAUAUGAAGAUUAGCCAAAAG